UGGUGCGCUGUGUCCCUCCGACACAGUGGAUCACCUAUCAAUGGAAAGAGCCGAAGUUGUCAGCUCGAUCAUGUGAUCAGCUGUGUCCAAUCACAGCUGAUCGCAUCUGUCGAGCUGCCAGUCAGUGCCAUAUAUCAGUGCUGCCAAUCAGUGCCGCCUAUCAGUGCCCGUCAGUGCCGCCUAUCAGUGCCCGUCAGUGCCGCCUAUAAGUGCCACCUAUCAGUGCUGCCAAUCAGUGACGCCUAUCAGUGCCCGUCAGUGCCGCCUAUUAGUGCCCGUCAGUGCCGCCUAUCAGUGCCACCUAUCAGUGCCAUAUAUGAGUGAUGUCUUUCAGUGCCCAUUAGUGAUGCCUGUCAAUGCCCAUCAGUG